GCGCUGUCGGUGGGCGUGAUAGCCAAUAGGAGCAGGGAGAGGGGUCCCGGGACUAGGAAGAAACGGCGGCCGGGAGGGGGCUACUGGGACCAUGGGGCUUCUGACCAUUCUGAAGAAGAUGAAGCAGAAAGAGCGGGAGCUGCGACUGCUCAUGCUAGGCCUGGACAAUGCUGGCAAAACAACCAUCCUCAAGAAGUUCAACGGGGAAGACAUCGACACCAUCUCCCCGACACUGGGCUUCAACAUUAAGACCCUGGAACACCGGGGAUUCAAGCUGAACAUCUGGGAUGUGGGCGGCCAGAAGUCCCUGCGGUCCUACUGGCGGAACUACUUUGAGAGCACCGACGGCCUCAUCUGGGUGGUGGACAGCGCCGACCGGCAGCGCAUGAAGGACUGCCAGCGGGAGCUCCAGAGCCUGUUGGUGGAGGAGCGCCUGGCUGGAGCGACCCUCCUCAUCUUUGCCAAUAAGCAGGACCUACCCGGAGCGCUGUCCUCUAACGCCAUCUGUGAGGCCCUGGAGCUGGACUCCAUCCACAGCCACCACUGGUGCAUCCAGGGCUGCAGCGCCGUCACCGGGGAGAACCUCCUACCUGGCAUCGACUGGCUCCUGGAUGACAUUUCCAGCCGCGUCUUCACGGCCGACUGAACCACUCCAGACGUUCCCCCCCACACACCCCCACACCUCACAGUCCAGCCCCCUCCCCCGGCCCUCAUCAGGCACCAUCCACGGGGGAGAUGGCAGUCGGCCAGGCUGACUAACACCCCCCGCCCCACUCCGUAACCUGCUGCUGCUAACACUACCCACUGCUUCUGGGCGGCCGGCUCCCGUGGCCGGAGGGCUGCUUCCCUGGCUGUCACCCUGGCUCCUGACCCGGCCCGCCUGCGGAGGAGAGGGCUGGGGCUGGGAGGGGGCCGCCUCUGCUGCUACCAAGGCUGUGGGCCUCAUCCUUUGCUCAGCUGUAAGAAUAAACCGUUCCCUGCCCCA